AUGGCGGCUGUGGAAGCAGCUGCGGAGCUGGUAACGGCGGUAGAGACUGUUGGGCCAAAAGCAAAGGACGAAGAGGAGGAAGAAGACGAAUCUUUGCCACCAUGCGAGGCGGUGCGCUGGGCCCCGGUAGGGGCGGUGGCAGAGGCCGGGCCUGGGGCAGCUGCAUUUGCGAAAGAGGCGGUAGCCGAAGAGCCCGGUGUGGCCCCAGGCUCCCCUCCGGACUCGCCCAGCCGGACCCUGCGGCGGCUGCGAGCCGAACGGCGGCGGCUGGACUCGGCUCUGCUCGCGCUGUCCUCGCAUUUCGCGCAGGUGCAGUUCCGCUUGCGCCAGGUGGUGCGCGGGGCGCCGGCAGAGCAGCAGCGCCUUCUGCGCGAGCUCGAGGACUUCGCCUUUCGCGGCUGUCCCCACGUUCUAGGUUACGAGGGGCUCGAGGACCCCGCUGGCGAUGAGGGCGACCGUCUGCCGGGGAACCGGCCACGGUUGCGGGGCGAGGACCAGAGUGAGCAGGAAAAACAGGAGCGUCUGGAAACCCAGAGGGAGAAGCAGAAGGAACUGAUCCUGCAGCUCAAGACCCAGCUAGAUGACCUGGAAACAUUUGCCUAUCAGGAAGGCAGUUAUGACUCACUGCCACAGUCUGUGGUCUUGGAAAGACAGCGGGUGAUCAUAGAUGAAUUAAUAAAGAAACUGGACAUGAAUCUGAAUGAGGAUAUUAGUUCCCUGACCACUGAAGAGCUUCGUCAACGUGUAGAUGCAGCAGUGGCUCAGAUUGUCAACCCAGCCAGAGUGAAAGAACAGUUGGUGGAGCAGCUGAAAACUCAGAUCCGAGAUCUUGAGAUGUUCAUCAGCUUCAUCCAAGAUGAAGUAGGAAGUCCUUUGCAAACAGGUGGUGGACACUGUGAGUGCAAGGCUGAUGGGAAGACAGGAAAUGGCUCCACCAGAACAGGCAGUAGUCGACUGCCUCCAGGAAAUAGCAAAACAGCGAAGGCAGAAGAUGUGAAGAAAGCCCGGGAGACGGGCUUGCAUCUGAUGCGGCGAGCUAUAGCCAUGCUCCAGAUCUUUGCCAUCAGCCAGUUUGGUUGUGCCACAGGCCAGAUCCCUCAAACCUUGUGGCAAAGGAGCCAGGCUGACAGAGACUAUUCCCCCUUACUGAAGAGGCUGGAGGUAUCAGUGGACAGAGUGAAGCAGCUAGCCCUGAGACACCAGCCACAUGACCACGUCAUCACUUCUGCCAACCUUCAGGACCUCUCUCUGGGAGGCAAGGAUGAGCUGACCAUGGCCGUGCGGAAGGAGCUGACAGUAGCUGUGAGGGACCUGCUAGCUCAUGGACUAUAUGUGUCCUCCCCUGGGAUGAGUCUCGUCAUGGCCCCCAUUGCUUGUUUGUUGCCAGCUUUCUCCUCAGCCCCGGAGACCAUGCACCCCUGGGAGCUCUUUGUAAAAUACUACCAUGCUAAGAAUGGCCGUGCUUAUGUGGAAUCACCUGCCCGGAAGCUCUCCCAGUCCUUUGCCCUGCCUGUUACAGGUGGCACUGUUGUGACCCCCAAACAGAGCCUACUGACAGCUAUCCACAUGGUGCUGACAGAGCACGACCCUUUCAAGCGCAGUGCAGACUCAGAACUGAAGGCUCUGGUGUGCAUGGCGCUGAAUGAGCAGCGUCUGGUAUCCUGGGUGAACCUCAUCUGCAAGUCAGGGUCACUUAUCGAAUCCCACUAUCAGCCCUGGAGCUACAUGGCCCACACAGGCUUUGAGAGCGCCCUCAACCUGCUCAGUCGCCUCAGCAGCCUCAAAUUCAGCCUCCCUGUAGACUUGGCUGUGCGCCAGCUCAAGAACAUCAAAGAUGCCUUUUGAUGAGAAUGCCCAGACCUUCGACCCCCACUUUGCUCUGUAGACAUGGAUGUGCUAAUGUUCUGAAUAACAGCCAGGGAGUCAGAGGAAGGGUUAAAAAGAUUUUUCUUAGAUGCUGCUUAUGGGAUCAGCAAAAUGGGUGCAGUUUGUUUUCCUCUCACAACUUAGCAUCUUAGAUGUGCUAGCAACCUUACUAAAAAUAUUUCUGGGGCUAGCUGGGAGUAGUAGUACACACUUAUAAUUCCAGCACUUAGGAGACAGAGGCAGGAGAAUUGUGAGUUCAAGGCCAG